UGCUAUGAACAUGUCAAAUUGUGUAUUGUGUCUUACAAAGUCACGGGACGCUUUUUUUUUAUGGAAUUGUUUGCCCGUCUCGUCAAGCGUCUCAUGAUCCCGAUCUAGUCCAAGCUUUAUCGAUGUUUUCACGAAUAAUACUGAUUUACAACCUGUAUUUUUGUUUUCUGUCGAUCAUACUAAUUUUUAGCUCCAUUUUGAGACCGAUUUUAGCUUUUAACUCUCUGUAUUUAUUGAGAUAUACGAGUUCCAAGUAGUCUUCACCGUUCAACACGAUGUACUUCGGGUAGCGAGUGACGUCACAAGUACUGGGUCGCGCGCUCCUAUUCUAUUUAAGCUACUGGGUUAACCUAUCAUACUCAGUUGGGCAUUAAGAUCUUUACCAACCAGUCGUAAGAAAUGUACUCCAAUCAGGAGAAACGGUUUACAUGUCGUACAUGUGGAGACAUGCACUUUACUACUAAGGGUAAAUGUAGAGCUCACCUAAUUGAACAGCACUCAAAGAUAAACUUUAAAUGUACAAGGUGUGGUAAAGUGUUUUUGAGAAACACACCAGGUCAGUCGUGUCAUACAAGAAGGGAAGACUUCAUUCGAUUUCAUACAACCACUGGCCAACGUGGGGCUGAGGCCGAAGCCUGUCUUCAAGACUUUAUUAAAAAGAUAGAUGAAUUAAUAAUUGAUAAUAGAUACAACAAAGAAAAUCAUUCGCCCACAAAAAGAAUUGCAACAAGACCACAAUUAUACAUUAGAAAAAGAAAAAAUGACUUUGUAACACCAAAUGAAAAAAGAGUAAGAAGUAAAUCACCAUCAUCAUCAAGGUCGUCAUCAUCAUCUUCUGCAACAUCAACAACAUCUUCGUCAUCAUCAUCUUCUACGUCAUCUUCCACACGCUCUUCUGAAAUAGAAAUGGCGACAUUAGAAGCCCUUGUUGUGGGAGAGAUUUGUGAUGAGAAUAAUACAAUUGAAAUCAGUGAAAGAGAAAAACAAAGAAGAAAAAGAGAAAAUGAAAGAAGGAUUAGUGAAAUGAGGCAAAAGGAAAGGGAAGAAAUAAGAAUGGCUACAGACGUGAUAGAAAAAGAAUUAAGAACAGAUGAAAGAGAGGAAAAUGAACAAAAAGAGAAGGAGAAAAGAGAAAAGUUGGAAAAAGAGAGGUUAGAAAAAGAAAGACUUGAAAAUGAAAGAAAAGAAAGGCUAGAAAAUGAUAGGUUGGAGAGAGAAAGACUUGAAAAUGAAAGAAAAGAAAAAGAAAGGCUAGAAAAUGAAAAGUUGGACAGAGAAAGAAAAGAAAAAGAAAGAAUAGAAAAUGAAAAGUUGGAGAGAGAAAGAGAAGAAAAAGAAAGAAUAGAAAAUGAAAAGUUGGAGAGAGAAAGAGAAGAAAAAGAAAGGCUAGAAAAUGAAAGAAGAGAAAAAGAAGAAAAAGAAAGGCUAGAUAAUGAACAAAAAGAGAAGGAGAAAAGAGAAAAAUUGGAGAGAGAAAGAAAAGAGAAAAUUAUGACAAAGAAAAGAGUAGAAAAAACAGUUGAAAAUAAGGAAACAGAAAAAACAGAAAAAGAAAUGAAGAAGAAACUCGAGGAAAUUAAACACCAAGAAAUAAUAAUUUUGAAUGUAGGAGGUAUAAAAUAUUCUACAACAAGAGGAACGCUAUGUGCGGAAGAAAGCUUGCUGAAAAAUAUCGCAAUACAGAUUGAUAAUGAAGAAAUAUAUAUUGAUCGGGACAGUAAAAAUUUCAGGACAAUACUUCAACAUCUCCGAUAUACCCGACAAGGUGAACUUACACCAGCUUCUCUGUUACCAAACAACAAAAUAGAACUGAAAGAACUAAUUCUUGAGUGUAAAUAUUAUGGUCUACUAAAAUUGUUGAAAAUAGCUACAGAAAAAAGAGAAAAACUAAUCGGACUAUUUUGAAAUUAAUAAAAGAUAAGUCAUAUCCAGAUAUCAUCAUCAAGUAACAGAAGUAAAUAUCAGAAAUUGAAUUAAAUAAAAAGAAAUGUCAUGUUAAUUAAUACAUGUAAACACCAAAGAAAAUAUCAGAAAAUGAAUUA